AUGCUCCGGACUCCCGAGCCAUGGCCGGGGAACGCGGGGGCCGCGGGCUGCAGCCCCCCGGCUGUGCCGCCCACCCAGACCAAGCCACUCACCUCCUUCCUCAUCCAGGACAUCCUUCGGGACGGCGCUGACCGGCGCGGAGGUCACGCGGGCAUCCCACAGCUGCAGCCUUCGCGUCAGCAGUACCCGAGGCGAGACCCGAUGCCGGAGUCCGAGGGAGGAAGAGGCGGCGCCAGGGCACAGGAGGACCAGCAGAACGACCAGCCCCGCGCCGGGAGCGAGGAGGCCGAGAAGCCGGUGGAGACCGAACCAGAUGGGCACUUAGAGACUUAUCUGCUGGACUGUGAAAACCCUCCCAGCGCCUUGCAGAGCCUACCCCCAGCCACCAAGCAGCCUCAGAAGCGCUCCCGGGCUGCCUUCUCUCACACUCAGGUCAUUGAGUUGGAGAGGAAGUUCAGCCAUCAGAAGUACCUGUCAGCCCCUGAAAGGGCUCACCUGGCCAAGAACCUCAAGCUCACGGAGACCCAAGUGAAAAUAUGGUUCCAGAACAGACGCUAUAAGACCAAGCGGAAGCAGCUCACCUCGGACCUGGGCAACCUGGAGAAGCACUCUUCCUUGCCAGCUCUUAAAGAGGAGGGCUUCCCACAGGGCUCCCUCAUCUCCGUGCACAAUACCUACCCUUACUACCCCUACAUUUACUGCCUGGGUGGCUGGAGCCCAGCUUUCUGGUAA